CGGCGAGCUCAACGUUCUAAAAUUCGCAAGGUUUACAGGUGAACGAAUCGAAUCGGAAAUGCAGCUUUCGCGGAUUCUCGUCGCGGUUCUUGUGUGCGCACAGGUCCUACUGACACAAGCGAUUCCGUUCUCGGUCGGAGUUGUGGGCCUAGGCUUAGCAGGUCUCGCAGGUUUGAAACUCUUAUAUGGAACGAAGCUGUUCCAUCGAGAUGUGCCCCCGGCGAGAGAUUCCCCCACGAUUAUCAUGAUCGACCCAGUUUCGGGCACAGGACAUCGCCUAGAGCUGUCGCCACGAGGAGCCUCCGUCGCGAAGGAGAGGGAUGCGCGAUCGGCCGACGUCGAGCGUUCGGCGGUGGUCGCUGUUGACGAUGCCGGAGGCGAUCUCGUCCACGAAAGAACUCGUAGAGACGCAAGCGGAGGAAUCACGUUGAAUAGGGGCUUCCUACGCUGGCUGAAGUCGAUAGAUGACGAGAAGUGCAUCCGCAGGUUCUUCUGCGAACUCGGUGCUGAUCAAAGCAAUUUCGGAAAUGUCGGACAAGUGACGAAUAUGCUCAUCAUGAUGGGCGGUCUCCCGAGGAAGAGCUGGGCCCUGGACAUGUAUGAUGCGGGUCAAAACGGAAAGCAGUGCCCCAAGACCUGCAAUCGACAUGAGCUCAUGAAGACCAUCGGAUACCUGGAGAGACAAUUCUUCGUGCCUUCUGUCCCUGGAUCGAAUUCUGAAGUCAAUGAAAACGAAAUACUAGAGUGAUAUUCUUGCGGGCGAGCCCGAUGGUGGAGGGCCUCGACGAAACGAUUUGCCUCCGUGAUCGUAGAGGAAAGCGUAUCCGCUCGAUUUUCUUCUUGCUAUCGCUGUAGAUCGAAACUCAACGCUGUAACCGAUGACUGUGUGAAUCUCUUGGAAGAUGCAAGCGAUUCCCACGUCUAUUAGCUAUUCUCUGGACGAGCCAGUUCAUAAGCGUGCACCGAUUGGUCCUGUGCAUACAUCCAUCGAUAAAUGACGAGUUGAUAUCCC